UAGAGUGCGGAACGUGGUGUACUUCGCGGUGUUUUGAACGCUCGUCAAAAGCGUGUUCGUUCGCCGAACAUCGUACGGAAUCGUUAUUGAUAUUCCAUCGCGUUUAACGAAGAACACUUGCUUCGCGUAGGAUCGGAACCAAUCGGCGAUUUUAGGUCCGUAAGACGAUCUUUCAUUCGCGUGGUGCUCGGUGCUUCGACCUCUUCUCGAGGAUCAAAUUCAAGGAUCCUGCGAGGUGGAGAAUCGUAACUGACAGUGACCGUAUCGCCAGUGGUCCGUCUAACAUUGCUCAAGGAUAUAAUUUGUCGGUGUCUGACGGUUCGAUCGGAUGUACUCAAUGCCGCUUGUUCGCCAAGUGUAAACAUGAUUCCCGCGCAUUGACGUUACGCACCGAACCGCGAGUGCGGGUUGCACUCAGCUGUGAAUACGUAAAAAGUGAGAUCAGAGGAAUGUUGAAGCACGUGUCAGUCUCGCCGUGGAGAGGGCGAGCGGACAGCGUGAGUCUCGCCUCGAGCGGGGGUGCGAGCAGUUGCGGAAGCGGAAGUCCAACUCCUGGUCACACGCCGCCGCCUUCGAGAGCGUCUUCGUGCGCUUCGCUCGCACCCCUAACCGCCCUUUCGAGUUUCUCUCCCGUCGAUGCCAACCCGCAACAGACGACCAUAAAAGUGUACGCGAACUGCCUGCGGCCAGACAUCGAGUACAAGACCCUCGGAAUCACCUACGAGACAACCUGCCGUGAAGUCGUACAGAACCUAUUGAACAAGUAUCGCAUGAGGCACCGUGACCCCAGGCUGUUCUACCUGACCAUGGAGGUCACCGUGAGAAGACCGAACGUGAGGACCGUCCUGCCACUCGACGAGGACGCGAGGCCUGCUGUUUUGCAAUCGUGUCAUCCUCGCGGCGAUUCCAGAUUCUCAUUGCAGACACGCCGCGGCGGACUUGUCAAAAUAUACGACAGCGCUCUCAUGUCCGGGUCGAAGUACAAGAGCCUGUUGGUCUCCGAACAGACCACCGUAGACGAGCUCAUCCAGAUGCUGUUAAGUUGCUAUAGCUCCAAAGAACGCGUCGAGCAGUUCUCUCUCUACGAGGUCUGCGAAGGCGAGGAGUACCAAAGGAAAUUGCAUCCUGACGACUCACCCCUUAAGGUCACGCAACGAUGGACAAGCGCGGACCGCCAUCUUCGCAUAAGGCGUAAUCCUGACUACAAUCCUCACAGAAGAAAAAGCAUGUGGGCGUCAGACUCGAGCAUCAGUAUGGCGAUGUCAAGACUGAACCUUCACGGCAACCAUCAGGCCCACUACCACCAGACCCACGACGCAAACAAUCAUCUGGCGAUGUAUCAACAGAAGGAUCACGCUUCGAUCAAUAACAACAACAUCCACAAGAUGGACCAGCACCAUCUGUCGUUGGGCUCGCUGAACCAGCAGCCGAGGAUCGUCGUGCCCCACGCAACGCAGCUGCCGCAAUUGCAGGUACCACGGAAGCAACACCUGCCCCAGAGCGUCCCGUCGACGCCGAUCACGUCGAAACACGUCACGGCGUCCUCUUACGCGGACUACGAGAAUUACCUGUUUAUAUAAACCUCGGGUUACGGUCGAAUCUCGUGCUAACUCGGUGGAAGCGAGUCCCACGCGAUGUAUUGCACGUUUAUGAGAAGUUGGCUAGUGAGACAACAUAGGGGACAGGGGAGUACUUCUUUUGUUUCACCUAUCCCCACUUUCGUCGUCGUCUCGACCAAUAGGGACAAUUCACAGAGCUCUAUGCACCAAUCAGACCCAUAUUCCUUUCGCUAGCCAACUUCUGGCGAACGUACAGUACAUUGAACAAUAACAGCGCGUUGAACAGUAUUUAAUCCACUCCCAGGAGUUCACCAGGCAUUGUACACUUGGAGAGACUUUGGAUGAAAUUAGGGAAGAUGCUUGCGUCGCGAUUAGCCCCCGAGGUUUCAGAUUAUUUAUUGCAACGACAGUCCAAAUUUUAAAAGAUUAUCGAAUCCGCGAAAGGACUUUCGCGUAGACUGAACCACGUGACUGUGAUGGGAUCGAAACGGAGAAUGCCCCAAAUACGUGGAUUUUAACAUUUACAACUGUUUUUCGUGGAAGCUCUACCAUCUGGUUUUUUAAUUGCUUCAUACAUUCCUGGCCAAAGAUACACAGAGGACCAAUGAAAUUCUCUCGUAGUCGCGUGGUUCUGUCUUCGCAAAGUCUUCUAAGCAGAACAGAUUCGCGUCGAUGUGAAGGAACAAAGAGAAUUUACGAUUAUAGUCAGUAGAGAGAGAAAUUGUACCAAAGGUAGCCGUACGAAAUGUUAGAUAUGUAGUGCAUUCAGCCGUAUAUGUGUAAAUGUUUUAUGUUAAAGAGGUAUUUUUAGAGAGUCGAAAUACGAUCGAGGGUGGAUUUACUUUCGAUCAGUGACGUUAAUCCUCCGGGAGCUGUUUGAACGCAGAUUAAAAAAACUAUUCAAUUCAAUCCUUUAAAUCCAAUUUAGAGGGAACGAUUAGAGUAUCAUUAUUCUUUAAAUUUUAUAAAAUGCGGUUCGAAGCGUUCUCGUAGGAUUAAAAGCGUGUAUUUAUGUGCUGCGAGAUGCAUUUACUCGUAAUACACCGCGAAACGCGGAUUCUAUUAUUUAUUUAUAACAUCUGUAAAGUGUCUAAGAUAAGAGAGCCUGGAAUAUUAAGUUAUUAUCAGAAUAUUGUAUGUAAAUCGAAUUAAGCGGGAUUCGAGUAUAUUUGUGUAAAUAGAAUCUAACAAGUGACGAGUAUUUAGGUAACUUUCGCAAAUACCGCGUGGUUAGUUGCGGACGCAAAUGUUAACGAUUCCGUAUGUCGCGUAUCGUUCCUUUUGAAUAUUCAAAACGAACUAGUUUUCCUGUUUUCGCUGGCAUUUAAAGAACAUUAUAUUUUUCUAUACUUCAUUGUACAUAGCGCUCGAACGUCUUCUGCUUCGUUGCCUCGAGUUUCGUUACGGCGAACGUUGGAUCCAUUGCCAAAGAAUCGGUACGAUACGUAUACAAAACCUGUAGAUUCAAUCGUGCCGAAAAACGAGGUGGCCAGAAGCGUCUCCAUAUCGACUAAUUUUGAUUUCUCUAUUGUAAUGCAAUCAUUCGACACGUCGCAUCGCUUUGCGACGUCGAUGACACAAGAAGGCUAUCGCAAGAUUCACGCGAACUUAUAUCAGCAACUGUAACGAGUACAAUGAACCUUGUAUUAUUCUAACGCGACACACCCACGUAGAAUGUAAAUAUUCUUUUGUAUCGUCGUUUGUAAUUCA